AUGGAUCAAGAUUUUUCAUUAACUUUAUUGGAUAUGGGCUUUGCUGUGGUGAUGUUAAUGUCUGAAUGUAAUAUGGAGAUGAUGAUGGCUGAAUGUAAUUUGGGGAUGGUGAUGGGUGGCUUUGUUGUGGUGAUGUUAAUAUCUGAAUGUGAUAUGGAGAUGACGAUGACUGAAUGUAUUUUGGAGAUGGUGGUGGGUGGCUUUGUUGUGUUAAUGACUGAAUGUGAUACGGAGAUGAUGAUAACUGAAUGUAAUCUGGGGAUGGUGAUAGUCGGGUAUAUUGUGGUGAUGACGAAAUCUGAAAAAUAA